GUUCCUUCUGAGGUGGAGAGCCCAGUGAGAGAACCUGGGCUGAGGCUCCGGCUGCUGUGGGCCAUUGUCGGGGCUGUGCAGGUUUAUCAGCUCUUCUUAUCUGAAUUGAAAGAUGUCCCUAAGUCCAUGUACAUUUUUCAAAGAACACAAAGAUUGUAAAUCAGAAUUACAAAACACUUCUUUAACUAAUGAAGAUCCACUUCAAAACUUACAUUUAGCAUCUCAGGAAGUUCUUCAAAAAGCCCAGCAGAGUGGUAGAGCCAAAUGUCUCAAAUGUGGAGGCUCAAGAAUGUUCUACUGCUACACAUGUUAUGUUCCAGUUGAAACUGUUCCAAUUGAACAGAUUCCAGUUGUGAAGCUUCCACUGAAGAUUGAUAUUAUCAAACAUCCUCAUGAAACAGAUGGCAAAAGUACUGCAGCACAUGCUAAACUCUUAGCACCUGAAGAUGUGAAUCUUUACACAUAUCCUUGCAUUCCAGAAUAUGAAGAAAGGAAGCAUGAAAUUGUACUUGUUUUUCCUGGUCCCGAUUCUGUCUCAGUAGAAGAUAUUUCUCUUUAUUUGCAUAAACAUAUUCCAAGUAAUGCUUUGGAUAGUAGCAAAAAUGACAGACCUGACAACCUGCCCAAUAAGCGCCAGAAAGUAGAAGGAGAAGAGGCUAGAGAUGCAGGGGACAUCAACAGGAAAGAUGGCUCCUUGCUGAAGAAAGUAAUUUUUAUAGAUAGUACCUGGAACCAGACCCACAAAAUAAUAGCUGAUGAACGACUUCAAGGAUUGUUACAAGUUGAGUUGAAGACAAGGAAAACUUGCUUUUGGCGUCAUCAGAAAGGAAAGCCAGAUACCUUCCUUUCAACAAUUGAAGCUAUUUAUUAUUUUUUAGUAGAUUACCACACGGCUGUUUUAAAAGAGCAAUACAAAGGACAGUAUGACAAUCUUCUAUUUUUCUAUUCAUUUAUGUACCAAUUGAUAAAAAAUGCCAAGAGUACUGCAGGAAAGCAGCAAGAAAAUAGUUCUAUUAAUUUGUAAACAGAAUAAUUUCUUAAUUUUUUGGUCAUGUUUGAUAAAUUUGUAAUGCUCUGUUUUUUUUUUAACAAACUAAGAAAUCUAACGGGUGCCAAGAAUGAAGAAUAAAAUUGGAGAAUAGCUAUUA